AUGACUUGUUUCUGCAAGAUAAAACAAUGGAGACUCCAAACUUUAUUUUGGUUGCUUCUUUGCAUCAGUGUUUUGCCAACCUGUUGGUGUGCAAACGGGAAGUACGCUCAGAAGCUCCUGAAAGAUUUAUUCACCAACUACACGAGUGCACUGAGGCCUGUGGAGGACACAAACAACAUCCUGAAUGUGACCCUGCAGGUUACACUGUCCCAAAUUAUCGACAUGGAUGAGCGAAACCAAAUUUUGACUGCAUAUUUAUGGAUACGACAAGUGUGGGUUGACGCUCACCUCAAAUGGAGUAAAGAUGAUUACGAUGGACUCGAUACCAUCCGCAUACCUAGUAGUUAUGUAUGGAGACCUGAUAUAGUCCUAUAUAACAAUGCAGACAAUCAUUUCACUGGCCCCAUGGACACCAAUGUGGUGAUCCGACACAAUGGGGAGAUCAUGUGGGAUUCCCCGGCUAUCACCAAGAGUUCUUGCAAAGUGGACGUGUCUUUCUUCCCCUUCGAUGCCCAGCAGUGCAGGUUCACGUACGGCUCCUGGACCUACAAUGGGAACCAGCUGGACAUCCUGAACGCCAUGGAGAGCGCGGACCUGGCUGACCUGGUGGACAACGUGGAAUGGGAGGUGCUGGGCAUGGCUGCCAAGAAAAACAUCAUCCUGUACGGCUGCUGCGCUGACCCUUACCCGGACGUGACCUACACACUGAAACUGAAGAGAAGAGCUUCCUUCUACGUCUUCAACUUGCUCAUUCCGUGUGUGAUGAUCUCUUUCCUGGCUCCACUGGGCUUCUACCUGCCGGCUGACUCUGGAGAGAAGGUGUCUUUGGGGGUCACCGUGAUGCUAGCCCUCACUGUCUUUCAGCUGCUGGUUGCAGAGAUCAUGCCGCCCUCUGAGAACGUACCUCUUAUUGGAAAGUAUUACAUCGCAACCAUGACCAUGAUCACAGCCUCCACUGCCCUGACCAUCUUCAUCAUGAACAUACACCACUGUGGCCCUGAUGCCAAGCCCGUUCCCAAGUGGGCCAAGACAGUCAUUCUGCAGUACAUGGCCAGAAUGUGCUUUGUCUAUGAAGUUGGAGAAAACUGCAUGUCGCCACAACCAGAGAAGCAGGAGCUUCCGCUUGUACCGAACACCAACUGCACCAUGAACGGUCAGGCAGGAGCAGGCCGAGAGGACUGUGUCUUCAAAAUGGAGCAAGAGACGGAUAAUGCAGAGGAGAGCGAGGACAUCGAUCAGAUGAUGAGUCCGAUAGGCUCAAUUGGGAAGAACCCCACAAACCACUACGGCGCAUGGAAAAACGGCAUUUUCAUGAGCAUGGACUGUGGAGAUGGAGCGGGUCCGAGGAGGUGCAGGAAACCAGGUGUUAGCGACGGAGAGAGAAAAGACAGAGAGACGUCCUGCAGUGGCCAAAGCAAUGAGAGGCAGCUGCUGCGUAACAUUGAGUACAUAGCCAACUGUUACAGGGAUCAGAGGGCCACGCAGAAAAGGACUGGGGAGUGGAAGAAGGUGGCCAAAGUUUUAGAUCGCUUCUUCAUGUGGAUAUUUUUCAUAAUGGUGUUUUUAAUGAGCCUGCUCAUCAUGGGAAAAGCCAUCUAA